GGUGCUGUCCUCUUCCUGCUUGUGACUGUGAUCGUGAACAUCAAGCUGAUCUUGGAUACCAGGAGAGCUGCUUAUGAGGAGGAAGAGGAGUCUGCACAGGACUACGAUGAUGAGAUGCUGAAUGUGGAGGUCCCCAGGCACCCUGUCAACAACAAGAAGGUCCUGGAUGUCGAGGUGUAUUCCAGCCGGUCCAAGGUCUACGUGGCUGUGGAUGGGACAACGGUCCUGGAAGAUGAGGCUCGGGAGCAGGGAAGAGGGAUCCACGUCAUCGUCUUAAAUCAGGCCACGGGUCAUGUGAUGGCCAAGAGGGUCUUUGACACCUACUCUCCCCAUGAAGAUGAAGCCAUGGUACUUUUCCUCAACAUGGUUGCCCGGGGCCGAAUCCUGAUCUUCACCAUUAAGGAUGAAGGCUCCUUUCACCUCAAGGACACAGCCAAGAGUGUCCUGAAAAGCCUGGGGAGCCAAGUUGCGCCAUUCCUGAGCUGGAGAGACAUGUGGACAUUUGUGGGGAAGAAGGGAGGGGAAGUGUACGGGGAGAAGCACGCCAAGUCACCUGCCCUCUCGACGUGGGGUGACCCCGUCCUGCUGAAGACAGAAGUUCACCUGACAUCCGUGGAAGAUGCUGAGUGCCAUUGGCCCGACACGGAGCUGAACCGGCGCCGGAAGAGGUUCUGCAGCAAAGUAGAAGGUUAUGGCAGCGUCUGCAGCUGCAAAGACCCCACACCCAUCGAGUUCAACCCUGAUCCCCUCAAAGACAAUAAAGUCUUUGAUGUGCCUGUAGCUGUUAUUGCAGGGAACCGGCCCAACUACCUGUACAGGAUGCUGCGUUCCUUGCUGUCGGCUCAGGGCGUCAAUCCACAGAUGAUCACAGUCUUCAUCGAUGGCUACUAUGAGGAGCCAAUGGAUGUCGUGGAGCUGUUUGGCCUCUCAGGAAUACAGCACACUCCCAUCAGCAUUAAAAAUGCUAGAGUUUCCCAGCACUACAAAGCCAGUCUGACUGCAACCUUCAACCUGUUCCCGGAAGCUAAAUUUGCUGUGGUUCUGGAGGAAGAUCUUGACAUUUCCGUUGACUUCUUCAGCUUUCUGAGCCAAUCAAUACACCUUCUGGAGGAGGACGAGAGCCUGUACUGCAUCUCAGCAUGGAAUGACCAGGGCUAUGAGCACACAGCUGAGGACCCCUCACUCCUGUAUCGUGUGGAGACCAUGCCAGGCCUGGGGUGGGUGCUCCGGAAGAACCUGUACAAGGAUGAGCUGGAGCCAAAGUGGCCAACCCCUGAGAAGCUCUGGGACUGGGACAUGUGGAUGCGGAUGCCCGAGCAGCGGAAGGGCCGGGAGUGCAUCAUCCCCGACAUCUCACGCUCCUACCACUUCGGCAUCGUGGGGCUCAACAUGAACGGCUACUUCCACGAAGCCUAUUUCAAGAAGCACAAGUUCAACACAGUUCCAAAUGUCCAGCUUAAAAAUGUGGAGAGCUUGAGGAAGGAUGCCUAUGAGACUGAAAUUCAUCGGCUCCUGGGUGAGGCUGAGGUCUUGGACCACAGCAAGAAUCCCUGCGAGGACUCCUUUGUGCCCGACACGGAGGGCAAGGUCUACGUCAUGUUCAUCAGGAUGGAGCAGGAAGCAGAUUUCACCACCUGGACUCAGCUUGCCAAGUGCCUCCACAUCUGGGACCUGGACGUCCGUGGGAACCACAAGGGGCUGUGGCGGCUCUUCCGCAAGAAGAACCACUUCCUUGUGGUGGGGGUCCCUGCCUCCCCCUACUCGUCCAAGAAACCCUCAUCAGUGACUCCAAUCUACAUGGAGCCCCCUGCCAAGGAGGAGGGGGCAGUGGCAGUGCCAGCGGUUGCAGCAGCAGAGCAGACCUGAGACUGGCAGCUGGAAGUGAAGGGGACUGGGGGAAGACAGAGACCCCCACGGUGCAGAGCCAGAGUUGGCAGCAGCUCUCGGAGGCUGGUGACUGGAUACAGACUCCUGUUUUGGGCUGCAAAAUGAGAUCUUGGGCUCCCUCCAGCCCCCUGUUGUGGUCUCCCUCUCCCUUGCACAGGACAGGGUUAUUCCCUGUAGAUACGUCACCCCCAUCCCAGGAACUUCCGUUUUUUAACACAGACGCUUUACUAACGCUGCUCCUUUUGCCCCCUGGCUGGGCAAGGCUGGAGGAAGGAGAUGCUCAACUGGAGCCUAGAGGGGGCCUCAAGAAACACCUCUGCUCCCCAUUUUGGCCCCAAAGUGCUGAGAAGGCAGCAUGGUGCAAGUGCUGCAGCCUGCCAGCUGGGUGGUAUUUAUUAACUCUUGCCUGGCUGGCUCUGUGUGCCCCAUGGUGAUCACAGUGGUGAAAAAGGGAUAUUCCAGCAUCUCUUCUGUUACCUGCACGAUGGAUGCACCUUGAAGACUGUAUGCAGGGUUGGAUAUCUUCCUGCACAAUGGCUUUGUUUUGUGGGCUGCAGGCACUGGUGCAGCCCAGCUCACGGGCAAAAGGGAAUGCUGAAGAGGAGCUGGACCUGCUGUGGACACAUCGGGGACACCCCGUGCCCAACACGAGGGCUGUCAGUUCUGGAAGCUGGAGAUGACUGUAGAUGGAAGGGGAUCAGACUGUGCUGCAGCUCAGACCAUCCUCACCCACCUUCUCUGUGGGGAGCAGCCCUGCCCUCCGAGUCGUGGGAGAGGGGGUGAAAGUGCCUUGCAGAGCGAGAUGGGAGCAGCCACUGGCUGUGCCCCUGGCUGCAGGGGCAGGAUGGGCCAGAGUCCUCUGGAGUGAGAGAUGCUGCACUAUGACGUGGACCUUGCCUGUGGUACUGUACCCUGUCUCUCCCUCUUCCCUGCCCAGCUAUCUCCUGCUUCUGCUGAAGGCAGAGGGAAUUCCUUCUCCUGAAUCCCCACCCUGACUGUGGUACGUUGCUAGCAGGGAAGUUGUGAGCUGAUCUAGGAUGGGCAGCCUAGCUGUCCUGCUGUGGUACACUCCUCAUGCAGAGGGAGAGGGAGGAGGUUCCUGUCCCCCCUUCCCUGCCUUAGGAAGGACCCCAGGGUCCCCUCCUGUUCCCAGACACUUGGUACUAAUGCCCCUCUUGUACCUGGGGGGCAGUCCUGCUCCCCUUGCUCAGUACACCUCCCUAUCUCAUCCAUGCAGCAAGAGAUUGCUGCUCAGCCCUUUCCCUGAGGUCACAGGGGCUCUUCCCCUUCAUUUUUUCACUGUGAACUGAGCAUUGGGGUCUACAUACACUACAAACUAACUUAUUUAUUUAUUGCUUCUGGGAAGGGGGUGGAUAACAGGAAAGCAACAUGGAGAGCUGGCAGCCCCCAGCCUGUGCAGGAGCAGUCGUGGAAUGUUUGUCUCUUGUCCCCCUGGCCCCAUCCUCUGUUCCCUGCCUUCCUCCCUUGCCCACAAUAGGAAGGAAAAGUUGCAAACCAGGAAAAUCUCUUUGGCCAAGGUAGCU